AUGCUCAACAACAUCUCUGCCGGCGGUUCCGUACACGGUAUUUCCGGAGCGAAGGAUGCACAGGACCUGAAGAGCGAAUUGCUGGGAGUGAAUUUGGGGACAGGGUUGUCUACCGGCGGUGGCCUUCGUACGCUUCACCAGGAUUUAAUCAUGACCAUGCCUGGUUCGGGAAACGCGACGGGAAUCGGACAAGGUGAUGACAAGCCUGUGAAACAGAAACGGCACAGGACGAGAUUCACUCCAGCUCAGCUAAACGAGUUGGAGAGGUGUUUCAACAGAACGCACUAUCCGGAUAUUUUCCUCAGGGAGGAAAUAGCUGUGAAAAUCGGCCUCACGGAAAGUCGAGUUCAGGUGUGGUUUCAAAAUCGUCGAGCAAAGUGGAAAAAAAGGAAGAAGGGCGGUUCGAUUUUCCGUUCUCCUCCAGGCCCGUUGCUGCCGUCGCAUGGAUUACCUCCUUUUGGACCGAUGAGUACCGAACUCUGUGGCGCUGGAAUGUUUAGUGGUCCUCCUGAGAGAUGGACAAUGGGAACAGGUCUUGGACAAUUGGGACAGGGAGGUAUGGGAAUGGGCGGUUUUGGACAAAGUUUAGGGCAACUUGGUCAGCAAAGCACGGGAAGCCUUGGCCCGAGCUUGGGUCUUGGUAAUUCUGGACUACCGAUUAGCAGUCCGUCGCAAGCAGUCUAUCAAGCUAGUUAUGGACUGAAUUCCCUCGGGGGCGUGCACGUGUCAGCAUCCCGGGGCUCGCCUCCGGGUGGAUCCAGCGUGGGCGGCGGUCAGGGCGGCGGGCUGGGGUCGGCCUUGACCUGCGGCCAGGGCUCGCCUGGAACUACAUCCGGUAGCGGUGGCGGCGGCGGCGGUGUUUCCUGCGUGUCCGCCGACGUGAACGCGUCCGAGGCUUCGGAUUGGAGAGGCGCCCACAGCAUCGCGGCGCUCAGGCGUCGUGCCUCGGAUGCGUCGCAACAGUACAGCCCGCAGCCGCCGCCACCAACCGCAGGACCACCUCAGUAUGCCCAGGACAUGGAGUACAAUUCUGUUUACUGAGGCCCUCAGAAUUUUGCUUUCAACUCAGCAAUGGGUACCGUCGGUCUCACGUAUGAGGGAUUACCUUCGUGGACGAUGGUUUCGGGCGGUGAACGUGCAGGGUAGCAGAAGUAACGCGUGACGAAAUGGAACAACGCGUUUUACGAGGAUGUUCUUUCUCUGCUUCGUGGUUGGCACGAGAAACGUCCAUCUAUGUUUCACCACUUCCGAUUUUCAUCUAUCUCAACGAGAUAAUGGUGGCACAGAAAUUCAUUCGAGGUGUUUUUGAUGAUGAACAAGUACAUAUACGUCGUUAAAUUAUUUUUCUUCUCGAACGAUUGGAGCGACAAGUUUUUGAUGAAAGAUUGUGUUGCUUUGUUACUGAUGCCGUUUUCAGAUAAAGAUUGAUAAAUUCGAAGAACGAUCAAUCAAGAAGCUGCUGCAACAACGAAUUUUUGUCAUCUAUAUAAUUGUAAUAAUUGGAGACACGGACUGUUAAUGUUAGUUCUCAUACUUGUUUGCCUGGUCAAUUUGCAAUUAUAGAGGUGAAUGAGGCUACCGUAGAUUUUCUAUUGGUUACAGCGACUGACACCAAUUUCUUUGUUUCAACAACGUGUGUGAUCGUGCAGUUCAAUUAACAGAAAAAGUGAAUCUAGAGUGAGGAAGCUAAAUCGAGAACAUUCUUCGAUAACACGAAUGAUGAAGAUGUGAAAGAGAAAGGCUUUGCUAAUUAAAAAUGUAAUUAGCAUUAAUGACUUCUUCAAGAGGAUUCGUGUUCACAUCGAAGCUGUGCAACACUAAGAAAAUGUGGGUGGUUACUUCAUAUAUCCAUACAUUAACUUUAUCACCGGUGCUCGGACGAUUUAUUAUGUUCUGUGUAUUCGUAACAUGGCUAAUUACAAACUUCGAGUUUGAACACGUAUCAAUUUUGCGUUGCUUCAAUUGAAAUUGGUUAUUUCGGUGUUACGAAUAUUUCACGACUGUUUAAUUUAUUUCGACCACUCUGAUUUAAUCGUAUGUUUGCUGUGAAGCUGAUUUACGUAUCCGAUAUUUAAAUUAAUUAUUUAGGUGACCUAUUGUUUCGAACUUAUGAAACAUAACUUUAUUAUUAUCUGUUGUUUAUUCUUUAAAAAUAAUUUUAUGAAUAAUAAAUAACGAAUUUGCGCGAUGUGGCACGGUGUAAUAAAAAAAAGUAUACGACAAGUUAUUGAUAGUAUAACGUAUGACAUUGUAAAUAUAGAAAAAUAUUUGGCGUAACAACUACGAUCGAUUAUUACUAUUAAAUUUACUAUAUCAUUACUGGUAAUUCUCUGAUAACGCAUAUCUCUGUUCGCACACGUUAUUUUUACAAACCUAUUCAAAAUCAAAGGAACUGUGUAUACUUUCCUAUAAUUUUCUAUAAACCCGUUUUGUUAUAUUUGAUCUUCGUUUAAUGAGUUUAAAUUGGAAGCAUUCCAGAGUUAAUUAAUUGAAUGGGUAGAAGAUAAUCUUUUCCCGUUCGGCUUUGAAUUUCGACUGGAAUUAAAUGAAGCUGAUACUUAAAUGUGGACUUUCAUUUACAAGCAGUUAAAAAUGACCAGUACAUGCGCGCGAUUGAAUUUUACAUGAGGAAAACGCGUAAAUUUAAAUUUAAAUUUAAAUGCAAGCUAGCAGUUUUAUACGUUGCAUCUCCCGAAAAUUCUCCGAGAAUAUUAUAAGUAUACAUUGUUUUCGUUGUUCACCGGGGCGUAAAUUUUGUAAAUAGACUAUAUGUUAAAUAUGAAUAAUAAUUGAAUAUCGUAAGCGAACACGACAUUCCAUUUACGAAGAAACACGAGUAUACUUGAACAUUGUGAUCCUUUCGACAGCGACAAGUCGUGUAUAUGAUAUUGCAGGAAGAAUAAGCGGUACCACAGUAAUGAUCGCGAGCGACGACGAACGUCGAUUAUUCUAGUUACGAAUUUAUGGUAGUCUUUAGGUAAAAGUUAGUGAUAAAUAUGAAAUGAACAAUAUGCAGUUGUCAGUGUAUUAUUACGAAACGUAUACGACUUUCAAUGUACAAACCAAAAAAAAAAAAAAAUGAUAUAGCCACGAGACGACGAUAUGUCCUCGAAAAUUCAUCCUGCUGGUGCAAUUUGUGUUCGGGAUGAAGUAAUUUAUACUCGAGCUGACCGUAUAGCUGUUUUCUUAUUUACCCUCUGUUGUUUCUUUUUCCUCACAAUAUUUUCUAUGCUACUGCUUUGCACAUUUUUAUACAUAUUUUAAUAAAAUCGGACGCAACGAUUACAAAGCGUUUUGUGAAAUUACGUCAUCUGUCAAUACGCGAAAAGUAUAAUAAUAUUUAUUUAUCAUCUGCGUGAGUGGAUCUCUCGGAUCGAACCGAGUUAAAGCGUCGAGCUUGCUAAGUGAACGAAUUAAAUUUCGAUACAUAGAUUUUUUGCAAUGGUAACAUCAAUUAUGUAUACUUGACGUGAACGUACUUUCUUCCUCUUGAUCUGUACGUUUUACAAGCAAUGAAACAUAUUUGAUAGAACGCGUUGCGAAAGAGAAAGAAGGGACUGACUUUAUGCACCUUUAACACAAAUCAUUAUCGUCAAUGAAUUUAAUUAGUGAUAAAUAGAAGAAUUUUAAUUUUUAUCGUUGUAUAGUUGUGUAUAGAAGACAACUAAGUGUGUAAAAUAAAUCAUUAUCAAAAAGAAA